GCUGCAUUAUCAGCAGGGGGCGCGGCGGGCAGUUACGGAUAGAAGGAGGGAAAGGACUCCCGGACCCGGGACAAGGAUCGUCAUUGCUCGUCUAGGAGUAGAAGCUAGCUGACCAGUUGAACUCAGUUACACGAUAAAACAAGGUGUGGUUGCAGUCGUGCGUAUGCUGGGGGACGCGUCACGACAGCAGACCACUACACCGACCCCCCCCCCCUCCCCCCUCGCGACAGCAGACGGCUCUAGCGCAGCCAACGGUGCUGACCACCAUGUCGCGCGGCGAGUCUGACGAUAUGGAGUAUGAAGAUAUUAAAGUGUUUUUCACCCCCUCAGAGUGGAAGGAAUUGACCAAUGAAGAGAAAAAGUCACACCGGAAAUCAAAGGACAACUAUGAAGCCAUACGGCGCUGCGGGUGGACCACAAGACCCCCAUUUUUCAUGUGCCGCAAGCUCGCUGCUCCAGAGCGCAAGCAGCCACCUCAGCAGCAGGACGAGGCUUCCGGAGAGGCAGCGGCGUUCCCAUCUGUACUGGAUCUUGCCGGAGAACAUGGACGUCCUCCACGCCCAUCCCCUGACUUGCCCCGCGAGGGCGCCAGCCACGGGCCCAGGAUCUCCGAGCUCAGCACUCCCGGGCUCAGCACCCCGGAGGUCAGCACCCCGGAGGUCAGCACCCCGGAGGUCAGCACCCCCGAGGUCAGCACCCCUGGGCUCAGCACCCCCGGGCUCAGCACCCCCGGGCUUAGCACCCCCGGGCUCAGCACCCCCGGGCUCAGCACCCCCGGGCUCAGAACCCCCGGGCUCAGCACCCCCGGGCUCAGCACUCCCGGGCUCAGCACUCCCGGGCUCAGCACGCCAGGGCUCAGCACGCCAGGGCUCAGCACACCCGGGCUCAGCACCCCAGGGCUCAGCACACCCGGGCUUAGCACCCCCGAGCCCAGGGCCUCGCGUAUCCCUAAGCGGGCCGUAAGCCGGAAGACGCCGGAGCCAGAGCUGCACGAUGACGCCUUCCUCUGCGCCGCGCCCAAGGCCAUGGCCUCCGUGCCCCCCCGCUACCCUAAGCGGGCCGUGAGAAGCAAGACGCACAAGGAGCCGGAGCCGCAGGACGACGUCCUCCUCGCCGCCACCGAGCCGCCGCCUGCUGGUGCUGCUGGGACUCGCGGGGAGCACGCGCAGCACGGAGAGGACCGCGGCGAGCAGGACGCUGCCGAGGAGGCGCCCCACCGCUGUGCGACCUGCGGGGCGCCCUUCAGGAGGAUGGCCCUGCUCAGGGCACACAUGCGGACCCAUGUCGCAGAUAUACUGGACAACGGUGUACUCUGCGACGUUAGUUCAGCGGAUAGUGCUGACUAUAGGCACACGAGGACUCGCACAGGUGAUAGACCCUACAGCUGCCAGUUUUGCGCGAAGAGAUUCUCUCAAAGCGCUGCACUCCUUACACACCUGGGGACCCACAUAGGAGCCGCCCCCGAGGCCAGGACGCCCGAGCCCAGGAAGCUCAAGAUCCUCAACCCCAAGGUCUCCGGGCACAACAGGGCCUCCGAGACAUGGACCGCCGCGGCCCCUCGCCCCUCUAAGCGUGUCGUGAGCCGCACGACGCGCAAGGAACCAACCAUGCACUGCGACGCCUUACUCUCCGCCACCAAACCACCGCCUGCUGGUGCUGCUGGGGCUCGAAGAGAGCAAGUGCAGGACGAAAAGGACCACGGCCAGCACGACGCUGCCGGAGAGACCCCCAACCGCUGUGCGACCUGCGGGGCGGCCUUCAGGAGGGCGGCCCUCCUCCGGGCACACAUGCGGACACAUGGCGCCGAUAAACUGGACAGCGAUGAACACUGCGGCGACAGUUCAGCGGACAGUGCUCACCAUUGUAGACACGCGGUGACUCACACAGGUGACAGACCUUACAGCUGCCAGAACCGAGGAAAACGUUUCUCUCAAAGUACUAAUCUACGUGUACACAUGAAGGCUCACACAGGUGAGAAACCCUUCAAAUGCCAGACUUGUGGCAAAGGAUUCACACAACGUGGAAAUCUUCAUGUGCACCUAAGGACUCACACAUGUGAGAAGCCGUACAAUUGCCUGACUUGCGGCAAAGGUUUCAUUCGGAGCAACAUACUCCAAAACCACAUGAGGACUCACACGGGUGAGAAACCUUACAAAUGCCAGACUUGCGGCAAACGAUUUACUCUGAGCUCCACACUUCGUUCGCACAUGAUGACUCACACGGGUGAGAAACCUUACAAAUGCCAGAUUUGCGGCAAAAGAUGCACCCAGAGUACUGCACUCCGUUCCCACAUGAGGACUCACACGGGUGAAAAACCUUUUCAAUGCCAGACUUGCGGCAAACGGUACACUGAUAGGACCACACUUCGUGUUCACAUGAGGACUCACACAGGUGAGAAACCUUACAAAUGCCAAACUUGCGGAAAGGGGUUCAUAAAAAGACAACAUCUCCACAAGCACAUGAGGACUCACACAGGCGAGAGACCCUUCAACUGUCAGACUUGCGGCAAAGGGUUCAAAGAACGUCACCAUCUCCAGAUACACACGAGGACUCACACAGGAGAGAAACCUUACAAAUGCCAAACUUGCGGAAAGGGGUUCAUAAAAAGACACCAUCUCCACAAGCACAUGAGGACUCACACAGGUGAGAGACCCUUCAACUGUCAGACUUGCGGCAAAGGGUUCAAGGAACGUUACCAUCUCCAGAAACACAUGAGGACUCACACAGGUGAGAGGCCCCACAACUGCCAGGCUUGUGGCAAGCGUUUCUCUCGAAGUCACCAUCUCCAGAUGCACAUGAGGACUCACGCAGGUGAGAGAGCCAACAAAUGCUAGACUUUUAAAAGACACAUGAGGACACAACAUCAGUGUGUUAAACCCUACAUUAACCAGACUUCUGCAGAUGCCAUGGCAAAGGUUUCCUCAUGGUGGGCAUCUUUGCAGUCACGCCGGUAAGAAAUAUUUCAUGCGUCAUUCCGCGCUAA